AUGCAACCUUCCCCACACUGCCAUGCCAAUGUGUCUGAACCCUCUUCUGAAGAGAGCACCUCUGGAGGUGAGUGGGAAGGUCAGUCUCUAUGUCUGUCCAGUCAGUGGCCUGCAUGCCAGUGACUCAUGAAGCUGCCCAAUGUGUUAGUAUUCUGUGGACACUCAUCCACUUGGAUGAGAGGAGGGCUGGCCCUCCCGUGAGGCAAGGUGAGGUGACCACCUUGGGCGGCAGGAUCCACAGAGGCAGUAGAUCCGGCCUCCGAGGAAUGCAUCACAAGUAAUAAUAAUAAUAAUAAUAAUAAUAAUUUUUAUUUAUACCCCGCCCUCCCCAGUCAAGGCCGGGCUCAGAGUGGCUUACAAGCAAUAAUAAAAACAAGUUGAAUGAUUACAACUUAAAAAAGUAGAAGAUCUUUAUUCCCUGCUUGCUCCCAAUGUAGAGCUUCACUCCUCCCUUCUUCCCUGGCAGGGGGAGGGCGCCAUUUUGUGAUUCGCCUCAGAUGCCAAAAUGUCUUGGGCUGGCCCUGGAUGAGAACACCACCUAUACUGUGUGAGCGACGUAAUGGGCUUGGCUUAUGGUGACAGUAUAGUCAAAGCCUUUUGCUGCUGGGCUACAAAUGGUGGGGGAAGAACAAUAUUAAUUGACACUUAUUGUAUGGGCUGCACAAGAGUUGCACUCACUCUCUGAGUGCAGCUUGCUUGCAGCUAGCCUGGGCUUUUGUCUCCUCACUAUCUUGACACCAGAUGUCAAAGAGAACAACAACUACCAGACAUCUGAAGGCAGCCCUGUUUAGGGAAGCUUUUAAUGUUUGAUGUAUUAGAGGAUUUUAAUAUUUUUUUGGAAGCCGCCCAGAGUGGCUGAGGAAGCCCAGCCAGAUGGGCGGGGUAUAAAUAAUAAAUUUAUUAUUAUUAUUAUUAUUAUUGCAUUAUAGCUGCCAGUAAAUGAUGUUGGGCAAAUUCCAUUAUUGUGCAUAUAUGCUCAAUAGUGCUAACUAAGCAUCUCUUCUGAGGAAGAACCUACGGGUUUGCAUAAAUCCUCAAGGCUGGAUCACUGCAAUGUGCUCUAUGUGGAGCUACCCUGGAGGUUCGUCUAGCGGGUGUAGCGAGUGCAGAACAUGGUGCCUAGGUUACCUGGAAGGGGGAACAAACUACUAAGUGGUGUAGGAAGGGGGGUGCGGUGGGUGCGGGCUGCCCCUGGUGUCAUCACUGAGGGGGUGACAAAAUGGCAAAAAUAUGUGUUUUGGGGGAAAAUAACUCCCGCCCCCACUGCCCCCCUCCUACACCACUGCAGGAGCACUUUCCCCUCAAGUAAUUUCCAGAAGCAUUGCUGCCUCCAACUUUGCAGGCAGAGCACAGCCUUUAUGGCUAGUAGCCUUCGACAGCCCUCUCCUCCAUGAACUGCCUAAUCCAGAGGCAUAGCUAGGUGAGGCAGGGGGCACUGCAGCGUGCCUGAACCACGCGUCUCUCCUGAGGGGGAGGUGGUGGGUGGACUGCCUGCAAGCUCCACACCGCUUUUUCGAGCAGCACGGGGCUUGCAUCUGCCCACCGCCUCAGCCACCCUACAGCUGAGGGGGAGGUUGUGGAGAGACUCCACACAGCCCUGUCUUGGCUUGCCCACCCCCAUGGGCAGCUUGCCCCGCCCCAUGGGUGGCUUGCUCCACCCCCAGCUGCAGGGUGGGUGCUCCGCCACAGGCACCCGCGCAGCUAGCUAUGCUGCUGAAACUACUCCCAGCAUAUAGCAUCUUAUCUGGGGACUUACACUGACUACCAAUAUGCUACUGGGUCAGGUCAGGUUUAAGCUAUUGGUACUAUCCCAUAAAGGGACACGGGUGGCGCUGUGGGUUAAACCACUGAGCCUAGGACUUGCCAAUCUGAAGGUCGGCGGUUCGAAUCCCUGCGACAGGGUGAGCGCCUGUUGCUCUGUCCCAGCUCCUGCCAACCUAGCAGUUCGAAAACACUUCAAAGUGCAAGUAGAUAAAUAGGUACUACUCUGGCGGGAAGGUAAACGGCGUUUCCAUGCACUGCUCUGAUUCACCAGAAGUGGCUUAGUCAUACUGGCCACAUGACCCGGAAGCUGUACGCUGGCUCCCUCGGCCAGUAAAGCGAGAUGAGCGCCGCAACCCCAGAGUCGGCCAUGACUGGACCUAAUGGUCAGGGGUCCCUUUACCUUUACUAUCCCAUAAAGUCCCAUUCAGCUCAGGACCAGGUUACAUGAGGGACUGCCUUACCUAUUAUAUACCCAGCAGAUCACAGCAGCCCUUGGGAGAUUUUUCUCCUAAUAGUUCCAAAGAGAUCAGAAUCCUCCACAGUAACUCGGAGCAGGGCUUUUGAUGUGGCUGCCCAUUCUGUGAAACAUCAUCCCUCCCGAGAUACAACAGGGGCCCACUCUCUGCAUUUUUGGAAAACAUCUGAAUUCAUUUUUGUUCCCAAUGAGCUUUCCCAACUGGAUGAAUAGACACUGGCAUGAGUGUCUCAUUUUAUUCUUUUUUUAAAUUCAUUUGCUGUUAUUUUCUGUGCUGGUUUUUAACUGAUUUUAUCAUAUUGCAUGUCACCUUGAGACAUAUAUGUGGAAGGUGAUUAAUUAACAUUUAAUAAGUUGCCUAUAUGCACUGUACACAAUUAUGUUUAGUCAUGUUAAUCUUUCCUUGAGUGCAUUGGUGUUUAAGGUCUUUGGUAUUACAAGGUGAGAGUCUCUUGCAGAUGGGAGCUGUAGUCCAAAUAUCUGGGGGGCAUCUUGGAAACUCCUUUUGCUUUACACAAAUCACUUUGUCCAGGGUAGGUUUUUGUUACUUAAGCAUGGGCAGCAUACAUGGUGCCUACCAGGGUGUUUGGGACUGCAGCUCCCAUCCACCCUAGCUAGCCAAUAGUCAGGACUGAUGAGAGUUUUAGUCCACAACGGCACUACAGCACUUGCCCCUUUCAUAAAAGAUAGCCGUAGGUGUGCUGUCUUUCGUGGGUGGAGGUCACCAUUCCAAGGCUGGCCUGUGAGGGAGCUAAGGCAGUCCAACAAGGAGAUGUGGCUAAACAGCUUGGAAUCCCUUGUUUUCGUGGGCAAGGAAGAUACCCAGCCUGAAUUCUGAUGGUACAGCCUGUAGUAAGUUCCUUUGACGUUUCCGUUAGGCUCCCUGUGUCCACUGAGUGUUGCACAGACUGAAAGUCGUCUUCUAGGUUUUGGCUGCUUUCAUGUAUUGUGUUAUGCACCAUGUUUCCCUUCCUUAUUGUGUGUGUGCAGUCUUCAGAUUAGGGCAAGUAACUCAGCAUUAAUGUAAUAUAUUAUACCGAGCAAUGAUAGUGGUUGCAAAGUGGCAAUAUACCAAGUGCAUAAUGAUCGCUUGCAGAUCCUGUAUACUUCCGUAAGGGCUCAAUAAAUCUUAGCAGACACGACUGAUGCAAAAACAAAGCACACAAAAAAGAGUUUGGCUAAUACCAGCAUUUAGCAUUUGCUGCUUUGAUAUCUCUUGCAUUAGAGAUCUACCCAGGAGUCUUGGAAAUUAAUCAUGUUGUGUAAAGAAGCCAUCACACUGUUGAUAUAGAUUCUGUAGUGAUGAACAUCUGUAAUGCAGGAAGUAUGGGUAUUAUUAGUUUAUUUGGGUGGUUGAAUAGCUCUGAUAAAUCUGUGUUCUCAUCUCAUGAUUUGCACACUAGUUUUCAAAAGGCAAGUGUGCUUUUGUGAGCGUGAAAGAGAGGUGACUCGUUGGGUGCACUUUGUUUCAGCUGCUCCGAGAGAAAUAAUAACCCCGAGCUAAUUGAAGUGAUGCUAUAAUGUCUUGUCAGGCUAUAAAACCUGAAAAGUUAUGAUUGGGCAGACAUACAUAGAAGGUUGGAUUUUGUCUUGGAGACUUGUGAUCCUCAGUGAGACAUGGUGGGCAGUACCUCAGUUCCUUUUUGUUCUCUUGCUUUGGACAAAUUAAAGUCUUGUUCAGUUCUAGUGACUCGUCUCAAAAAGGGUGUUGCAGAGCUGGACAAGUUUCAAAACAGAGCAACCCAACUGAUCAAAGGGAUGGAGCAGCUUCCUUAUGAGGGAUGGUUACAACAUUUUGGGCUUUUUAGUUUAGACAAAAGAGUAAGAGACAAAACGAUAGAAGUGUAUAAAAUCAUGCAUGGUGGGGAGGAAGCGGAGAGACAUCCAGUGAAACUGAAUGUUGGAAGAUUCAAGACAGAAAAAAGAAAGUACCUUUUAACACAGCACAUAGUUAAAUUAUAGAAUUUGCUCCCACAAGAGGCAGUGAAGGCCACCAACUUAGAUGGCUUUAAAAGCAACAAAUUAAUGGGAGACAAGACUAUCAAGGGCUGUUAGCCACAAGGGCUGUGUUGGAGGCAGCCGUGCUUCUGAAUACCAGCUGCUGGAAACAGGAGAGAGUGUGCUGAGGUCCUGUUCAUGGGCUUCUCAUAGGCACCUGCCUGGCCACUGUGAGAAGAAGGUGUUGGACUAGAUGGGUCACUGGCCUGAUCCAGCAGGAUCUUCUCAUGUUCUUAAGCUACAGUCCAACCAUACAGAAGUCAGAAUUCCCAAUUUUUCUAUCAAGAGAAGGAAGAUGUAUUAUUUCACUGAAGAGACAGAUUUCAACAAAGCAAAAGCCCCAAAUCUGGAUUUUGGCAUCCAAGGAUUCUCUAUUUUUAGACCUAUUUUCCCCUUAACUAACCAAAUGCCAAUAAUUUGCAAGCUUGGCCACCUCGCUGAGGGAGCAGCGGGUCCUGGGGCAUCUAGGUGCUGCGUUGCGGACCCUGGUUCUAUGAUAUUCAAGCUAGAUAUUAAAAAAGAAAUUGAAUGAAUGAAUUUAUUAUUUCGGUCACAGACCAGUUCCAGCUCACAUACAAAAUCAGGGGAGUCAUGAAACACAACAGGGAUACAUUUAAAUUAGCAGAAAUUAAAGAAGAAAUUACAUACAUGCUUCUGUGGAAUCCAUCGACAUAACCACAGGUUUACCUGGCAUACUUUUCAGGCUAUAAAGAAAAACCACAGGACACAAAACCAAUAGCUAAGCCAUUAUCCUCCAAUUCUAAUACUGACUUUUUUGUAUAAUCUCAUUGGCAUCAGUCACUGUGCUGGCUUUGGUGCAAUAAAGCUGUGAUUCAGGCAUGUAGUAGCUGGGCCCCUGAUUGGUUGCUAUGGCAGUAUGCCUGUUCAGACCAACCAGCCUCCUGAUUCAUUUUCACUUGAGAAACACAAAAUACUUGUGUGCGGCAUAUCACUUUUUGUUACGGGAAUAAAAACAUCAGCCCAUUACUUUGGGAAUCAGAAUGAUGUUAACUGAAAAAGAAUCCAUGUGGCUAUAGUACAAGUAAAACGGGACACCUGUCUUGCAGAAUGUAGUACAGUGGUGCCUCGCAAGACGAAAUUAAUUCGUUCCGCGAGUUUUGUUGUCUUGCGAUUUUUUCCGUCUUGCGAAGCACGGUGUCGGGAAAGUUUUGGAAAAGCUUCAAAAAUCACCAAAGUCUUUAAAAACCUCAAAAAAGGCUACCACACCACGUUCUAUGAGUUGCUCCUCGAAGUCAAGUCGCAACUGUAUUAACGGUGUUAAGAAAAGGAAACAAACUUGCAAGACGUUUCCGUCUUGCGAAGCAAGCCCAUAGGGAAAAUCGUCUUGCGAAGCAGCUCAAAAAACAAAAAACCCUUUCGUCUAGCGAGUUUUUUGUCUUGCGAGGCAUUCGUCUUGCGAGGUACCACUGUAGUUUAUUUUUCAAAAUAAAGUACAAGAAUACUUUGUGGUUUUUUAACAAGCAAGCGAUGUAUAAAUUUUAUGAAACAAACAAACAAAUCACAGCUCUAACUUCACAUAAUGGCUAAAAACACUGAAAGGCAGGAGGAGUCAGUCUGAGGUAAAAAGGUAAAGGUAAAGGGACCCCUGACCAUUAGGUCCAGUCGUGACCGACUCUGGGAUUGCGGCGCUCAUCUCGCUUUAUUAGCCGAGGGAGCCGGUGUCCAGCUUCUGGGUCAUGUGGCCAGCAGGACUAAGCCGCUUCUGGCGAACCAGAGCAGUGCAUGGAAAUGCCGUUUACCUUCCCGCCGGAGCGGUACCUAUUUAUCUACUUGCACUUUGACAUGCUUUCAAACUGCUAGGUUGGCAGGAACAGGGACCGAGCAACAGGAGCUCACCCUGUCAUGGGGAUUCGAACCGCCAACCUUUGGAUCGGCAAGUCCUAGGCUCUGUGGUUUAACCCACAGCGCCACCCGCGUCCCUCAGUCUGAGGUAUCUCCCAGAAAUUGCUUAGAAGCUGGCCUGUGCAUUAUGCUUCAUAACUUUCUUUCUAGAAGGGCUCGAGAUACGUUUUUUAAAAAGAGAAAAGCUCAGAAUCUGGGGCACCUGCUGGCAUAGGCCUGGAAAGAAUUGCUGCAAUAGCACUGUCAUAAAUUCAGCCCCAGUAGCUACCACUCCAAGUACUGUGAGCCAGGGUCCUGUGGCCAUCAGGUGGCUGAAAGCAUUCGAAGCAGAGCUGGAGAGAUGGAGAAAAUUAUGACUUGAACACCUUUUAUAUUGAUCAGAACCUGGACCAGGAGGGUGAAAUCUCCUAUAUUUCACAUAAGUUUCAUUACUUAUAUAGGCUAGUCCAUUUAAGAAGUAGACUGUGGAUGACUACCAUCAGUGUAACUGGGAUACAUUCUGGUGCAUUCAUUUGAAACUUUAACAGUCUUUAUAAUUUCAUAUCCAGUGUGACACUAUCGUUCUUCUCUUCCUGUUCUUUAGCAUCUUUUCAAAAGGUUACAGUGAUGGUAUGAUGUUGUCAUUAAUCUUAUUGCCAUCCAAGUUGCCAGGGUCUCAUGUGACUGUUACUGAGAGUCAACAGUCGUUUCCACAGGCCCACACAAAGGUGGUCGAGCACUGAACCUCUCAUCCAUGGACGUCCAUCAUGGCUUGCUCUCCUGCUUCCUGAAGUCUGUUGUAGCUGGUAGUUUGGCAGGCCUAGCACAGUCCAGAUUAGCAAAAGUGACUGUUUGUAGCAUCGGGAACAUAUAUUUUGAGAAUGUUUAUUAUUUAUUUUACUGAUACCAUUGGCCUGUAAAGUGUUGAACAAUAGUAAUAAAAUAUUUCACUAAUCCAUAAAAGCAGCCCCUUUAUUGUCCAGUAAUCCAGAAAAUAAAUAGCCUACGAUGACAUUUAUGCUAUUGCUAUACAAGCAGAGAAAGAUCUUGCCUUAACACUUCUUUCCAAGCUGGAACUCAUACUAUGCUGACAUACAAGGAUCAUCUAUUCAAAUUAAUGGUAGUGGUGCUCAUGGAAAUAGUGCUCAACUGGAAGGAUGUGCGCAAUCUUUCUACCCACAGGUGUUGCGCCUGAAUAUGGCCACUAGCAUUUGAUGAAAAACUGACUAAGCAAUGUAGGAAGGCAUGGAGUGAAAUCCAAAGAUGUAGGUUUCAGGACACUUGGUUUCAGUUUAUUAGUUAUGUCAACUUUAGUGAUCAUUUGAUCCAUUGUCCUCGCUCUCAGUGUCCUCUUUGAAGAAGAUACCCUUCUUCAAUAUGAUCUCUUUAAUGGUUUACAGUGUAAAUUUUUUGCUGUGCUUGAGAAUGAUUAUGUUUAUUUCUUUGUGCAGGACACAUGUAGUUUUAAGUUUUGUUGUUCAGAGUUGGAAAAAUUAAUAAAAAGUAUUUUAAUAAAUGCAAAGUAGCUGUGUUUGAUGUUUUUGCCAUAAUUCCACUGCUGCUCAUUUUAUGUGUACAUAUUUCUUUAAUAUUGAAGUCAUGAUCGUAUGAAUUUAGAUGUGCUAAUUAGCUUUUGGUGAUGUUGUGUCAGCAUCUGGGUCCAAGCUGUUUUAUAACCAUCGUCUCUUAAUGCGCUUCAUCAGAACUUCACCUCCUCUUGAUCCAGUUACUCUCAAGGAUCAUUGGGGGUUGUGUCAAUGGGUGUCAGAAGCGAUAAAGAAUAAUGAAAGUGGCUGUGCAAUUAAGUGAAUGUGGAAUACUAUUCAGAUAAUUAAAUUCAGAAUAAUUUGCACUGUUCUUGUGUUGUAUAGCAUAUAACGUAUUCUCCAUCAGUUACAAAUAGAUUAAAAACUAUUCCGCUAUAGCUAGAGUAUUCAUAGCAAGUGAGUGAAAAUAUUUGACCUUUUUAGUGCUCUGAAUAGUCAGGGAACUUGAUAUGGAGGAGUAUUUUGGUGGUUUAGUUCCUGUUACCAUUUAGCGGCCUGUAUUUAAUGAACUGGUUUCUAGAUGGGUGACAUCUGGCUUCUCAGCAGCACAAGUCAAAAGGAUGUCAGUGUUUUAGAAAACAACAAGCUAAACAUGAAUCAGCUGUGUGAUCUGGUGGCUUAAAAGGUUCAAGCAAUUCUAGGCUCCAUUAACAGAAUUAGAGAUCAUAGUAAGUACCACUCUAUUCUGCUUUGGUCAGACCUCACCUAGAAUAUUGUGCCUCCUUCUGGGCACCGUAGUUUAAGAAGGAUAUGAUGCAAACUGGAAUGUGUCCAAAUAUGGCAAGGUCCUAUAAAGAGAGGCUGAAAGAACUGAAUAUACUGUAUUUAGAAUGAAGGAGGUCUCUUUGGUGCCUGCUAAUGCAGAGGUUUGACCCCCAGAGGCGUACUCCAUUGUCUCUCAAGAUAGAUGCCAACAAUUAAGAGGUAAUAGGAUAGUUAAAGGUAAAGGGACCCCUGAUCAUUAGGUCCAGUCGUGACUGACUCUGGGGUUGCGGCUCUCAUCUCGCUUUACUGGCCAAGGGAGCUGGCGUACAGCUUCCGGGUCAUGUGGCCAGCAUGACUAAGCCGCUUCUGGCGAACCAGAGCAGCGCACGGAAACGUUUACCUUUUCGCCGGAGCGGUACCUAUUUAUCUACUUGCACUUUGACGUCCUUUCGAACUGCUAGGUUGGCAGGAGCAGGGACUGAGCAACGGGAGCUCACCCCGUUGCGGGGAUUCGAACCACCGACCUUCUGAUCAGCAAGUCCUAGGCUCUGUGGUUUAACCCACAGCGCCACCCGUGUGGUUUAAGCCACAGCGCCAUCCUAUCCCUAAUAGAAUAGCCAUCUUCAAAUACUUGACAUACUACAGAUACAUACGAGGAUGAAGCAAAUAUGUUAUCUGUUGCUCCAGAGGAUAUCACUUGAACCAAUGGAUUAAAUGACAAAAAGCAUUACUUCCUGACAGAACUCCAUGAAGAGCUGCAUGACAGUGUGAGCUGUUCAAAAUGGAACAAAUGAUUGAAAGGUGCUGGGCUUUUCUUCACUAGAGGUUUUUACAUAAAGGUCAAAUAGCCACCAAUCAGGCGUGCUGUUGGGGAUUUCCUGCAUUGGCAGGGGGUUGGACUAGAUGGCAUUUGAGGUACCCACCAGGUCUGUAAUUCUGUGACUUAAAAUGCUAAAGUUCUCUUGUGGUGGAAUGAAGGUGGGGCUCAGGAAAAGAAAGGAAAAACCCCAAGUAACUCAUUGUGAAAUAUUUGGUAUUUUGGAUGGGCGGUUUUUUCUGUAAUUUGAUUUUUCUACUUUUUCUUUCACAGCUGACAUUAUUUCAACUGUUGAGUUCAACCACACAGGAGAGUUGCUGGCAACAGGGGAUAAAGGAGGUCGAGUUGUUAUAUUCCAAAGGGAGCCAGAGGUAUGAAUUUUUAAAAAGGUGUUCUGAUUGUUGAAGGAAUGUUUCUUACUACAGUAUUCAACAGCAAAUAACCCCACCCUCUGUUUGACCAUACUAUUAGCUUCCAUGUCCUGAUCCACAAGCCCUGUGCACCCACACAAAAUGCUGAUACAGUAUUCUCCAAAGCUACUCUAGCUCUGGACGCCUGCCCAGAGUGUUUAUUGUGGCAUUGGUGCACCUUGCUUUUGCAAGUUCUUUUUUGCAGCAUCUUCACGAUGUCACUGGCAGCAAAAUGCCAGCUCAUCUGUGCGUGCGCACACACACACGUCUACGAAAAUCUGGUAUCUACAAAAACCCUCUUUGCCAAGCACCUGUUUGCAAAUUAAGCUGCUGACUGCAAGCACCCUGUGAACAUUUUUUAAAAACAUCAUGAUGCACAAGCUGCUAUUCCCCUGUUGUUUGCAGGACAAUAGAUGUGACUGUUCUGGGCUUAUUUUAAUUGCACACUGGCUAUUUUUGUCGUGUUUGAAUGCAUGCUUGAUAAUGUAAUGGUUACAUGUAAAGGUUCUUAUUUGUGGUUCAAAUCGAAACUUUCAGAAAAGAUUGUGAUUGUUGGAAAGAAAAACUAAGUUAAGCCCUAGGUUUAGAAACAGUGAAGCUAAGGCUUGGAAGGGAUUGGUGCGCCUUGUAUUUUUAAAAUUUGGUUUGUCCUCUCAAAGUGAGAUAAUAUUGGCUUUUCCAGUAGCAGUAAUUCUCCCUGGUGCAGCUAGGUGAUGCUGCAAGGCAACAUUCAGAAUGGUGGAAAGAGGAAUUUUCUCCUUCUCUUGUAGAAGCUUUGUGCAAAUAAAUUGAUUUGCAAUAGGUUGAGAACAGACAAGAGAGUGGGUGAUAUUCAACUAAGUUUUACUCAGAAUACACAUAACUGAGUCAUGCUCAUUGAUUUCAGUGGGUUUGCUUUGAGUACGGCAUAGCUGAAUGCCCACCUGCACUUUUCCACAUAACAAAUUACCUUGCAGAAUGCACCACCACAAGGGGAGGUGGUCACUAGUUUAGAUUAAAAAGAAAUUAUUAGAUAACGUCAUGGAGGGCAGAUCUAGCAGUGGCUAUCAGAACUAAAUGGAAAUCCUGCGUUCUGAAAGCAGAUGCCCAGCGAAAGCCAUGGCCCGACCUGUUGCUGUAAUGGUAAGUAUAUAGGCUCCCUUCCUUCUUGGUUGCCGUUGGACAUAUGGUUUAUUUGGCUCAAGUCAACUUGAAAGAUCAGAUAAGCUCUGAGGUCAACAGUUCAUUUUUUGUUUGUCCUAUGUUCUUCACAGAGUAAAAAUGAGCCUUAUAGCCAAGGUGAAUACAAUGUUUACAGCACCUUCCAGAGUCAUGAACCAGAGUUUGACUAUCUGAAGAGUUUGGAAAUAGAGGAAAAAAUAAACAAGAUAAAGUGGUUGCCGCAACAGAAUGCAGCCCACUCUCUUCUGUCCACAAAUGGUAAGACAGCAUGAACAAUACAGGGUUCACAGUUUUUCCUUGUCUCUGGCAGAUGGGCUUCAGCUGAAAAUUUGAUGAAUUACAUCUAAUUUUAAAUAUACAUUUUUAGUGUAAAAAAGAACCUUGGAAGUGGCAGCAGGUUAUGAUGUAUCUUCACUUUAUGGGAGUAAAGAUGGGCACAGGGGCGAACGAAGUGGGGGGGCGUAUCACCCCGGGUGCUACUCUGGGGGGGGAGUGACAAGAUGGCCCCUGCAUCCCCCCCAGCUGUAGAGCGGCUGAGGAUGAGCAGUCAGUAUGGGUGUCCAUAUGGGCUGCCGCUCUCGCGCGUCAUCAGUAUGGGCUGCCGCUGGCACGGCGUCCACGCGUGGGCAGCCCAUAUGGUUGCCGUGCAAGCAGCAGCCUGUAUGGCAGGAGUGCGCAUGCGUGGCAGCCCGUACGGUCGCUGCACAUGCGCAGUCCGUACAGACGUCAUGCAUGCGUCACCAGGCGGUUCACCCCGCCCCGGGUGCCGGAGAGGGUUCCUCCGCCACUGGGUGGGCAGCCCUCAUGCACCUGUAAAGCCAUCUUUUCCCCAUACUGUUAGGCCCCCUAUAAUGUUCCAUUUUGAUGCACAUUUACCUACAUAACAUAACAUAAAAAUCAUGGGUUAUUUAAGCCCAGGAUGAGGAAUCUAUGGCCCUCCAGCUGCUCUUGGACUCCAGGUCCCAUCACCUCCAGCCAGUAUGGUGAAUGGCUAGGGAUGGUGGGGAGUUACCUCCCCUCUUUUCAUGGACUCAGCAGGCAGCGUCCCUCCCCAAAUUAAAGAAGAGCUCAUUCAAGCACUCACUGAAACACAUGUGAGUUUGAGCUGGGAACAUGGAAGCCGCUUGCCACAAUAACAGAUGUCAUCAGUUAGACCUUUGCACAUACAGUCAAACCUUGGUUUUCAAAUGUCUCGGCAGCUGAAUGCCAAAAACCUGGAAGUGAAUGCUUCCAUUUUCAAAAGCGCCUUAGAAGUUGAAUAGCUUCCAAGGUGUGUUUCUCAAUUUUCCCCAUUAAACUUGCUGACAGCCCUUUGAUCCUUGGUUUUCAAAUGUUUCGGAAGUCGAAUGGACUUCCGGAAUGGAUUACAUUUGAAAACCAAGGUUCCACUGUAUAGCAACAAGGUCUAAAGAGUCGUCAGGCUAAGGGUGAGGCAAGGAAAUGGAUCAAAAGUGUGUAGAUUAACUUGGGAUGUGUUUUAUAUAAAGUGAGAAUCUUAGGACAGGAAGAAGUGCUCAGAAAUGUUUGCUGCUGAUAAGAGGUGCAGGAACAGUUGCCCUAUCUCAUGGGUAGGCAAACUAAGGCUCAGGGGCUGGAUGCGGCCCAAUCGCCUUCUCAAUCCAGCCUACGGACGGUCCGGGAAUCAGCGUGUUUUUACAUGUGUAGAAUGUGUCCUUUUAUUUAAAAUGCAUCUCUGGGUUACUUGUGGGGCCUGCCUGGUGUUUUUACAUGAGCGGAAUGUGUGUUUUUAUUUAAAAUGCAUCUCUGGGUUAUUUGUGGGGCAUAGGAAUUCAUUCCCCCCCCCAAAAAAAAUAUAGUCCGCUCCCCCCCCCCCCAAGAUCUUGGGGACAGUGGACCGGCCCCCUGCUGAAAAAGUUUGCUAACUCCUGCCCUAGCUCAAGAUUUUCAAAAUUUAGAACCCUGGGGCUCAUUGAAAAUUACUGAGGCCCACUAUUAAAACAGUGGCACAUGGGCAGAACCAGUCAUAAUAUGGCAGUGGAGCCAGUCACAAAAUGAUUGUGCAGAAAUAAAUUGUAUAAUCUCUUCCUGUUUCCUAAUAGUGGCUACAUUGGUUAUACCAAACAAUUUGGGAAGUGAUAAAAACAAAUUAAGAAAAGAAUGAAUAAAUAAAAAGUUUGGCAAACAGCACAAUUGACUACAUUAACAGUGUGUGUAAUAUUAAAAGAUGGAAGACAUGGGGAACCAUCUGGAGCAGAUCUGGGGAAAGCAUAGGGGAAGAAUGAAUCAUACCCCUUCCCCAAUUCCAUUGAGAGGUGCCUUCUGCUGUAUGGAGAGCAGCAGUCCAUGUGUCUAAACUAAUACAUACAAUAUGCAUGUUGUAGAACAUUGUAGAACAUUUGUAGAACAAAUACUUCUUAUACAGUGGUUUAGGGAAGCUUUUAAUGUUUAUCAAACUGCUGUAUUUUAAUAUUUUGUUGGAAGCCGCCCAGAGUGGCUGGGGAAACCCAGCCAGAUGGGCGGGGUAUAAAUUUAUUAUUAUUAUUAUUAUUAUUAUUAUUAUUAUUAUUAUUAUUAUUAAAUUAUUUAUUAUAUUUUAAAAUGAGGGAAAAUGUGACAGUUACUUCUCAUAACAGUGCUGAUGUCUUUUUUUUAAAAGAUAAAACUAUUAAACUGUGGAAGAUCACUGAACGAGAUAAGAAACCUGAGGGGUACAAUUUAAAGGAUGAAGAGGGGAAGCUUAAAGAUCUUUCUACGGUGACAUCACUUCAGGUGGGUAGAUGGAGAGUUGUUUUCUUCACUGAAAGAACAACUCGUGAUGUUCUAAUAUUUUAUGUGCUGCGUAGCUUCAAACAAUGGAAAACACUUGAAAUGCCACACAACAACAUGGGAAUAGGCAUUUGAAUGUACAACAGCAGCCAGGGGAGCUAAGGGUGUCAAAUUUCUCAUGGUUCCCAGUAGCCCCUGGAUGUUACCAUUUCCUGUGUCUAAAGCCUACCUGAGGUACCUGUGCAGACACAGAGAUGAACCAGGCAAUUUGGUCUGUUCUAUUAGUAAAACUUACAUCUUAGACGCCAUCUUAGGCUCCAAUGCCUGGAAGAUGAAGGGUUAUAAAAAAAUCAACAGGAGAUAGUCUAUUUUAAGGCCACACAUAACCAAUGUUUGGAGAGUAAAUAAAGACACUUACCCAUCAGCCAUAUGCUAUGAUAAGAAGCACAGGAAUGGGGGGAAAGAUAAAAUCCAGACAGAUUAGGGAAGCAAGAUUGGAACAUUCAAAGGAAGCUGGCAUUUUACAUGAAAGAGUGGAAAAGUUUGUGGCAGACCCUAAGUAAUGAAGCCAAAUUUUGGAGACUUACGGCUGUAGGAGAGGGUGAAGGGAGAACCAUAAAGGAGCCCUCGAUUUCCCCACAUGAAUGGUUUCUGCAUUGUAGUAAGGGUUUUGGAGAACCCUCAAAUGUCUAUUCCCCUAUUCUUGACCUUCCUAUGGAACAGGGUUACAUUAACUCAACAGGCAUUUUAAUUCCAGGCUAGUCAUCUAGUGUUGUUGUUCCAGUCUUUUAAAAAAGGUAACAACAGACCAAUAACCUGCUGGAUGUACCUUCUAAACGUUCUCCAGAUACCUUCUGAGCAAGCCAAUAAUAUUAAAAAUUAUUUCCGGCCUUUAUAGACCUGACCACAGCUUUCAACUCAGAAAACAGGAGCCUUUGGGAGAAGCUUGUUAUUACCAAUUUUGACGGAAAAUAGCUUUGGUGAAUUCAAAAACUCCAUCAGAAUAAUGUUACCCAUAUAUUAGUGGGUUUAAAUGGGCAUCUUAUGGAAGAUAAGAAUAUUUGCCAGGGAGUCUAGCAAGGAUGCAUUUCUGAUUAAUUACCCCUCCCUUAAAACAAGCACAGUUCCAAACUUUAUGUACAUGAGUUACUAUACUUUUUCGUCUAUAAGACGCCCCCUAUUUUGGGGGACUCAAUUUUAAGAAAUUGAGGGGAGAUGGCCCAAAGUUGUUGAGCUUUGCCCCCCACGCAGCUGUAGGAAAAGCAGUUGCUCAAAGAUGUUUUGGUCCAAGAUCUGGAGUGAGGGCAGUGUCACUUCACUUGAAAUACUUCAGAAUGGGUUCUUGAGAAAACUACUUCCUUUAAUCCUGAAUACACCAGCAGCUUUGGGAGCAGAGACCGCUGUGUCCUCUACUGAAUCAGGAGUUAUAGCAGGUUGAUCCAGUAUUGGUGCAGACUGAAUGAAAUGGGCAACUCAAGACCCCCAAAGAAGAGUUGGGAUGAACAAGUGAGAUUGUGGGGGGAUAGGCGAAGAUCUGCCAGGGCAAAAUGAACAUGCAUUCAGAGAAUUAGAAAAUUCAGUUUAUCCCAGGAUAAGGAAGUGAUUAAUGACCUUAAUAAAAGCCAUUAAAAAAGGGCCAUCAAAUUCAGAGAUAUUUCUCUAACAUUACCUACCAACAACUGAGAAAAGUUUUUACAGAAUUAAUAUUUCAACAGAUGCUUUCCACAGAUUUGACUAGCAGGUGUCAUCAUAUUCCUGUAAGAAACAGACAUAGUACAGUAUUUAUUGCAUUACUGAAGAAAUUGUUGUCUUGUGUUGCAAUGUAGUGGGUAGCCAAUAUACAACGUAGUAAUUUACUCAUUAUCUGAGGAAUAUGUGAUUAUCUAUAUGCGGGUGGCGCUGUGGGUUAAACCACAGAGCCUAGGACUUGCCGAUCAGAAGGUCAGCGGUUUGAAUCCCCGCAACGGGGUGAGCUCCCAUUGCUCGGUCCCUGCUCCUGCCCACCUAGCAGUUUGAAAGCACGUCAAAGUGCAAGUAGAUAAAUAGGUACCGCUCCGGCAGGAAGGUAAAUGGUGUUUCCGUGUGCUGCUCUGGUAGUCAUCCUGGCCACAUGACCCGGAAGCUGUACGCCGGCUCCCUCGUCCAGUAAAGCGAGAUGAGCGCCACAACCCAAGAGUCGGUCACAACUGGACCUAAUGGUCAGGGGUCCCUUUACUUUUACCUUUAUAUCCCAUCAAGUUGUUUACAACUGCAGUGAAAAAAAAUCCAAGUGAGAAUCCUUGAAUUUGUCAAGGUGACUUGUUCAUUUGAGCAAGCUAAAUACAAUUGGCAUUAUGAUUCAAAUGUGUGUUCAUACUUGGAAUUUUUUUUUAAAGCUUUAUGUAUUGUGUAAUAUUGUCUUGUAUGUUGUAUGUAUGUUUUGAGAAGUUCUCAAAUAGUGACAAAUGUUUUAAAAUAUACCAAGUUCAACUCACAAUUCACAAAUCUAUGAAGUUUGAAAUGUUGUUUAAAACACAUUUAUUCAUUACUUUUUAUGUAGGUGCCUGUACUGAAACCCACGGACUUGAUGGUAGAAGUCAGCCCCAGAAGAAUUUUUGCUAACGGCCACACCUAUCAUGUCAAUUCAAUUUCUGUCAACAGUGACUGUGAGACAUACAUGUCAGCAGAUGAUCUUCGGAUUAAUCUCUGGCAUUUAGGAAUUACAGAUCGAAGCUUCAGUAUCCUUUCUCAUGGUUACGCGCACUAGCCAGCUACUACAGUUUUUUGUUUCAAUGCAUUUCAGACAUCUCAGUCUCUGGCUGAUUUGUAACUAACAUACUAAGCAAACAAACCAAUAACAACGACACCUGGAGACUUCUGCAUUACCAGCCCACUCAAGCACACCCCCGCGCCCCCGUGACUGAAGGGGGCAGGGCCCUGCUAUGUGCAUCCACUGUGCGCACAUGCUGCAGGGCAUCCUGACGUCACUCACACACGAGAGCAUCACACGGUGUGUGCGCACAGCUGCCGUGAAAUUUUGAGGGGGCCCGGCCCCAUCCUUGAAAAUUUGGGGGGCCCUUAGCUCCCCGCCCCCAUUGGCACCCCUGACCCCACCUGAAUAUCCACUCUCUGCUGGAAAGUACAACGAGAUACAAGUCUUUUUCACUACUAACCCUCUUGUCAGGGCCAGCUCAAGAGAUUUUGACACUUGAGGCAAAAUCACCAGUGCUUCCCCCUGUCCCCCCUCUUGAUUUUUGCCCCCUGCCACCACCAGGCACCCGCUGCUUGCCACAAAUGGGUGCCUGCUGCCUCCUCUGCUGCCCAACCAAGGCCAUCAUGACCCCCGGCUGCCUCCAGCAUGCCAGGGCUUCCCCCUGGCCACCUCCAGGACAGCACAGCAGGACUUGGCCAUUGUGGCAGAGCACAGCCACCACAAUGGAGGAGCAGGAGGUGGUAAACGGCCUGCCAUGGUAAGUGGCAGGUGCCCAAAGUCAUGAGACAGUGGCAGUGCCACCCUAGGAGCCUGCCACCAAGGCCACAGUCUCAGUACACCUCAUGGCACUGCUUAUGGUGACACCCUCCCCAUCUCACAAAACACCAUUCCAUUUCCCCCAGAAUUCAGCUAGCAGUGGAUAAUAUCUCAAGAAGCAGCUGACCUUGUAUAAAAAAAUGGGCAGUCAUGCCAAAAUGACGUUUAGGUCUACCAUCUUGAUUAAAAAUGACAUCCAGUGUCCAAAUGGUGACAAAGUCUGCCACGUUACCUUGGGAACCCUUGUUCCAAGUUUGAUGAUGAUCUAGAGAGAAGGCCAAACCUAUGCUGUGGUAGAAAACAGGUAAAGUCCCACCAAACUCACAUUUUGGUCUGCCAUCUUGAUUCAAAAUGGUCCUGGUGUCGAAUCAUCAGCAAAGAUCAUUGCCUCCACUCUGGGAACCCCCGAGACAAAUUUGGUGGCAAUAUCUCAAGAGGCAUCCAAAGGCAGAGAAUACAACCAAGCAGACAAAUUAUUUUCUAAAAUAUCUAGUAGAUAGUGUCUGAUGGUUAUGGCCAAAGUGACAAAUCAGCAAUUCUCUCUAGAAGUCUAGGCCAGCAGAAGAGUUAAUGUAGCUUUCUCCUGGCAGGUGCUAUAAACUGGAUUAAGGUUAGAAAGAUAUAACUAAAUUGGUCAAUGAAUUAAAUCCCUACAAAAAUACAAAAUAGGUUGCUGAUGUGGCCUUAUUAAGGACCCAUAAUGUUUGAAAAACUACAUUUCUCAAGGAUGUUGAAGCUCAAAGCAGUAGCAAAAGGUUAUGACAAAGUGCAAUGAUAGUUCUUCUCAUUGUCACACACAGAUAAUGGCAGAUAUAUAUUAGCAAAUAAUGGGAUGAGUGCUGGCGCCUACGGCAGUGGUAGGAGGUUCCUGCUGAUUGUGAGCGGAGUCUGAAUCAGCCCAGGAGUUCGUUCAAAGAGGCUGAUUGUGGACUUCAAAAUCCCCAAACAGAACUUGGAUCACUACUUCACAGACAAAAUCAUAUUUAUCUGAACAUUGGGGGGGUGCAUUUCACCCUGGUUGCCAAGGCAAUACUUGAUGCAUAAAAGGCCCAGUUUUUCCUCCUCUUUUUAACGGGUUUUAAUGGAGAUUUUUUUCAAACUCUCAGAUUUCACUGUCAAUCCCAUAACUGCAUCAACUGCAUCCUCAACAGCUUAGCAGAACAAGCGGUUUUGACUAAUAAAAUGUACAUAGCAGAUAUGAUUAGCUAAUAAAAGGUAUUUUUAGCUUCCUGGCUGUAAUUCAGUAGCGUUUUCAAUGGGAAAUCAGUAAUGUAGCAUACAUGAAAAGAUGGUGGAGUAUAAGUUUGUCUCUGAACAUGUUCCUUACUAAAUAUUUCCACUCAGACAUUGUAGAUAUAAAGCCAGCCAACAUGGAGGAUUUGACAGAAGUUAUUACUGCAUCUGAAUUCCAUCCUCACCACUGCAAUCUCUUUGUUUACAGCAGUAGCAAAGGGUCUUUGAGACUUUGUGACAUGAGGGCAUCAGCGCUCUGUGACAAGCAUUUUAAACGUAAGUUACCGAGUGAGAUUUUCAUUAAAAAAAGUUGACGUCUGCAUAUGGCAGACUUGAAUGUGGAGGUUAUUGUUUAUGCGCUCAGUAGAAGUAGAGAUGGCUCACUAAUAAGCGCCAUGGCCAUUCGCCCCCCCCCCCCCGCCACAGCCACCUGCCCAACAGCCAACAUCACUGGGGCAAGAGGACAGGUUUACUGUAUUUUUCACCCUAUAAGACGCACCAGACCAUAAGACGCACCUAGUUUUUGGAGGAAGAAAACAAUAAAAAUAUUCUGAAUCCCAGAAGCCAGAACAGCAAGAGGGAUUGCUGUGCAGUGAUCCUGCUUGCUGUUCUGGCUUCUGGGAUAGCUGCUAAGCCUGCAUUCGCUCUAUAAGACGCACACAUUUCCCCUUACUUUUUAGGAGGGAAAAAGUGUGUCUUAUAGAGCGAAAAAUAUGGUAAAUCCUGCAUUGGCUAUAGGUGAGACUUUUCUCAGCAUGAUGAGUGGGAGUUGAAUCAUGCUUAGUUCAAGCAACCCAGGAAACUAGAGGCUCGCCUUGGAGUGUGUGGGCUGCCUGAAAGCCCUUGUGUCAUGUCAGAUCUGACCCCCCUCUCCCCGAUGGGCACAGGGGUGAAAUGGACGAGGAACACAAACUGAGCUUGAAUCCUGGCAUGAUGGAGGCACGGUGGGUGAGUAGCUCCCAUCUCCGAGAAACUGGCCCAUUCCCUACCCUGGAUGGAAUUGCACUCCCACUGAAGGACCAGCUUUGCAGUUGGGAGUGCUUCUGGGUCCAUGUCAUGGUCCGGUUUACGGGCAGUCGAAGUCCUGGCGGAGGACGUCGGGACCGGGGGCAAGACGGCAGGGUGGGAGCAGGAACAAGAGUCUGGAAGCCAAGAGUCAGGAAGCCAAGGGUCAGAGAGCCGGGAGUCCAGAAGCCAAGGGUCCGAGGAUCAGGAAGCAAGGAGUCAAGAAGCCAAAUGUGGCAAGGCAGGAAGCAUGUUACUGUGGCAAAGAGCCAAAGGGAAAUGCUGACCUUAUAUCCCUUUCCAGCUCUUGCCACCAGGUGCUGUGAGUUACCAAUCAGCCUCACCUGUGCGGCCGCACCUUGCCUCUUGAGAACAAACUUAGGAAAUCCCCAGACCUGCGAAGCCCUACCAGUCACAGGGCCUGGCUCCUGCACGCACUCCUGACAGUCCAGCUCCACCCCUGGAGGCUCAGGGAGCCUCAGUGGCUGGAAGUGCCUUGGACCAGCAGCAGCUGGUUUGACAGCUACGGCCAUUCCUGGACCAGGAAAGCCUUGCCACAGUAGUCCAUGCGCUGGUUACUUCAAGACUGGGGUUCCUGCAAUGCGUUCAACGUGGGGCUUCCCUUGCGCUUGAUCUGGAGGCUGCAGUGAGUGCAGAAUGCUGCAGCACGAUUGCUGACAGGAGUGAGGCUUCUCCAGCAUGUAACAUCCAUGCUCAAAGAUCUGCCCAUUUGCUACUGGGCCAAGUUCAAGGUUUUACUAUUAGUAUAUAAAGCCCUUAACAACUUGGGUCAGUUUACCUAAAAGAUUGCUUUCCCUCACAUGUACCCACUUGACCAAUUUGACUGGAGAAAAUGGCACUUCUACAGGUGCCUCAUAAUACACUUUCUGCCUUUGUAAGUACCGUAUUUUUCGCACCAUAGGGCGCACCUGACCAUAGGGCGCACCUAGUUUUUAGAGGAGGAAAACACACAAAAAAAUAUUCUGAAUCAAAUGUUGCACUAAACUAUUUAAAGCAGCAAAGCAGGCGGCUCCUGUCCACUUUGCUGUUUUAAAUCGAGCCUCAGAGGAGGGUAGGAAGGGGAACCAUGGCUUAUCUAAGUCCAGUUAAUAAUGCUGAGCCUGACUUAUGGCCAUCGAGAUUAGCCUGGCCGUCUCAGUGGAAAUCUGGGGAGGCUGGGGUGGACAUUCCAGUGGUCAAAGUGUGGUUGUGUCUUCCUGCCUGGCAUCUAUUUCCUGCCCUCUUUCUCCCCUGCACCCCCGCACCCUGCUUCCAGGGAAGGAAGCGGAGCCAUGGAUCCUCUGCUCGCAACUGCAGUGGAUUCCAUCCACUUUGAAGCAGGAAAGUGGGAGAGGAGCUGCUUACACGAGUGUAAGCUGCUCCCCUCCCACUUUGCUGCUUCAAAGGGAGCCCAGGAGGAGGGAAUCCUCUGCAGCCGCAAGCAGAGGAUCCAUGGUCCCCUUCCUUCCCUCCUCCGUAGUUGCUUUGAAGCAGGAAAGUGGGAGAGGAGCUGCUUACAGGAGUGUAAGCUGCUCCCCUUCCACUUUGCUGCUUCAAAGGGAGCUGGGGAGGAGGGAAUCCGCUGCAUGGAUCCCCUUCCUUCCCUCCUCCGUGGUUGCUUUGAAGCAGGAAAGUGGGAGAGGAGCUGCUUACACGAGUGUAAGCUGCUCCCCUCCCACUUUGCUGCUUCCAAGGGAGCUGGGGAGAAGGGAAUCCGCUGCAGCUUCCCCCACCUCCUGGAGAGCCCGCAGAAGCAGCCAGCUCUUUAAAGGGGCUGCGCGGCUUCUCCUGGCUUUUCUGGGAGGUGGGAGAAGGGACUGAUGCAGCCAGUCAGUCCCUUCUCCCUCUUGGGGAAAAGCCCGCAAGAGCGCACGAAGCUUGUGUGCGGCUCUUGGGGGCUUUUCCCGCCUGCCUCCCCCUUGCAUUCGCUCCAUAGGACGCACACACAUUUUCCCUUGCUUUUUAGGAGGGAAAAAGUGCGUCCUAUAGAGCGAAAAAUACGGUACUCGUUUAAUGGCAGCACCUACACUGCGGAACUUCCUGCCUAUUGAUACCAAGCAGGAGCCUUCAAUGAACUCUUUUUCAGUGCCUGCUAAAAACAUUCUUGUCUAGACAAGACUAAGUAGAUGCUUAGAAAGUUUGGGUAAUUUUAAUCUGUUUUGAUAUUUUAACUUUUGUAUGUUUUAAAGUAGGGUUCUCUCCCCACCCCUGGUUUUAAUGAUUUAUCAUUUUGUAAACUGGCCUGAGUUACUUUGCAAUUAAACAAAUAAGUAAUAAAAAAACAGAACCUAGGCAGUGAUUAGGCACCUUGGAGGCACUGUGUGAAAUGUUAGCAUUUUAAACAUUAAGUCAGUUUUACAUUAACAGGACAAUCCUAUAGAUAUAUGUCUUGUUUUAGUUUGAGUUAGCAGAGCUGUGUUUGUUAUUUGAGCCAGCUAUUAAAAAUACAUUUUAAAAAGACCUUUAUUGUGCCUUUUCUUUUUAGAAGUUCAAGAUGGAUAACAAAUUUUAAAAAUCAGAUAAGAAAUUACAACGUAAUAUUCUGAUCAAUUUGAAAAUGCCAUGGCAAAAUAAGUGACGUGUACUUCUUAAUAGGCAUAUUUUUCUCUUUGUUUCACCUCAUCAGUUUUUGAAGAGCCUGAAGACCCUAGUAGCCGCUCAUUUUUCUCCGAAAUUAUUUCUUCUGUGUCUGAUGUCAAAUUUAGCCACAGUGGGCGAUAUAUGCUAGCAAGAGAUUACCUCACUGUCAAGGUUUGGGAUCUUAACAUGGAAACAGUGCCAGUAGAGAUAUACCAGGUAAGUGUUUGUUGUUUUUAUUAGACCAUGAUGGUCUAAUAAAUGGCAGUCUAAGAUAAAAUCUUCUCAAACUCUGUGAUACAGAGGAGACUGGAUUACCUUUGACAUGUACGAGAAUGUUUUUAAAGGAAGGGAUGUGGUAGCAGUAAACUCUUCCAGGGCCAAAAGUCAGCGCUUUUUCUGACAUUACUUAAAAGUAAGUAGCUACAACUGCUAUAUAAACCGUUAAAUAAACAGAAGGGGGUUACAUAAAGAAUUUAUAAUGAUUCAGAGCCACUGAGAAGGAAAGCUAACUGACAGAUUUUGCAAUUUUCCCAUCACUCCCAUGCAAGAGGCAAGUGAAUCCUCUGGAACAUGGGUAGGAGUUGUGAAUGUGCCUGUCAUUAAACUCCAACAUAUAUCCAAUACUAUCUUUUUAAUCCUAAACCUAAUGUCUCUUUGUUGCUGUUGUUGUUUAAACUGCACCUGUGAUGUCCUUCAGCUCGCAGGGAUGCUAACUUACUUCAGUCUCCUCUCGUCUGUUAAGCCAAGCCUGGAAACGUGCCAGUAGGUCUUGAAAUAUAUAGAAACGCUUUGAGAACCAUGCAAGCAAUAGGGGCUUUGGGCUCAUCCACACUUUUGCUUGUCCUACCACUUCCCCUUGGAGGAAACCUGCUCUUUACUGCUGAAGUGGAGCAAACGUCCGUUGGGUUUCCUGCAGAUUAAUGUUUGUUCUGAUUCAGCAGUAAAGAGCAGGUUUUCUCAGGGAAAGCAGCAGGGCAAAUGGAAAACUGCUUUCUAGGCAUGCGACAAGUGGAAGUGCAGACAAGCCGAGAGAGCUGCUAUUGUGAGUGUUUUGUGUGGGAGAACAUGGCUAUUGAGAUAAGCACCAGCAAACUGCAGUGGAAACUGCACUUCACAUUGCCCCUUUCCCUAGGAAUUUGGGCUGAAAUCCUGUAGCCACUUUCCUAGGUGUAAACCCCACCUAACAGGAGUAUAGGGUUGUGCCAUUACAUUGAAACUGAGCUCAGGCCUCUUCUAAUUUCACCUCUGAAGCAGGGAUGGCAAGGACAUUGAGCUGUGUAAUUCAGCUUAUUACAGAAGUCUCUUUCAGGGAAACUAGUGCCAUAUCCCAAAUAAAUUAAAUAUAGUUCAGAAAAGAUAUGGGAUCUGGCUUCUUUUAUGUAGUACUGGUUUAAGUUAUGUGCAAUAUUUCCACAAAUAAUGAAAAGUUGGUUCAAAGAUUAAAAUAUUAAUUUAGGUCUGUAAAUCUAUGAAGAGUCUUUAAAAAUUAUCCAAAAUGUGCCCUCGUUGCUUUUAAAAGAAAUUCAUUUUAAAUGCUGAAGAGAAAAACUCGUUUGGAAUUAGCAAUAGCACAGCUAGGAACUUAAACAAAAUAAUCAGCAAUGUCAGGUUUGCUGCUGGGGCCAUUGCUUCAAAACAGAAAUAAGCUCACAGUCUCUAAAACUAAGAUUGCCUGGGAGCAGGCCCCAUUGAACUCAAUGGGCCCUUCUUCUGAGCAGACAAGAAUAGGAUCAGGCCCCCAAGUGCUUAAUCACAUAUAUAAUUUUGUCCCAUCUAGCUCAGUGGGAUUGACUUUGGCUCUGUUGUGCUCAAAAUAAUAAUUUUUUUAGGGGUCAGAGGAUCACUGUAGGUAAGGGAGAGUCUUCUUCACGUUCACUAUUUAUUUACAAAUGGGACUUGCAACAAACGUUCUUAUGCAGUUAAGGCCCUAAGACUAAUGCUCCAGUUCAGGGCUGCAGCCAGCCUGGAAGACCAAAGCUGAAUGAAAGCAUAUGUAAGUCCUAAUAGCGGCACCAAAGCAGGUUGAGAGACAUGUUUGGAUCUCUUAACAUAAUCCAUCAAUAAAGUUACUUCAAGAAAGAUGUUCUGUUCUCUUAAUUUUAUUAUCAAUGCUUGUGUACAGGCAACAUUUAAAAAGCUGAUUCCACCAAGAGCUGUUGGCAGUGGUGUUCUUUGAGGGCAAAUGGAAAAAUUGAAGGUCUAACCUUGAAAUAAAAGCUGCUUUUUGCUCACAAAACAGGUUCAUGACUACCUUAGAAGCAAGCUGUGUUCCCUUUAUGAAAAUGAUUGCAUCUUUGACAAGUUUGAAUGUGCGUGGAAUGGAUCUGACAGGUAAUAUAGCCACCCAACUGUCUUGUUUACCAUACAGUGCUACUUUGAUAAGAUGAGAGGAGCCAGUCAAGAACACCAUUAUAGCUGAUGCCUAGGGGAAAGGCUUCUCUGAUGUACUAGAUUAUGAAGAGGAAUAUUUCUUGCUCUAAGAGAUGUUUGGAAAGUCUGAAAUAUAUUGCUGCUCCCUUCAGUGGAGGGUGGGGGGAAGCAGAGUGGUGCUGCGAAGCAAGAAAACGCCACAUAUUAUCUAUUCAAAUACUGUAUUUUUUGCCCCAUAGGGCGCACCGGCCCAUAGGGCGCACCUAGUUUUUUUGGGGGGGAAUAAAGGCAAAUUUUUUUCCCUUUAUUUCCCCCCCAAAACCAGGUCGGGGAAUCCAAACCAGGUCGGGGAAUAGCGGGAUGGCGGCGCUGCACCUCCCUGCUGUCCCCCGAGCUUGUGGGGCUGCCCAAUAUGUGCACGAAGCCCGGGGCGCGCUGUGCAGCGCGUCCCAGGCUUUGGGGUGCAAGCUGCUAUCCGCAAGCCUUGGGAGCCUGACGGGAACUCCCGCGGAGUUCCCAAGGCUUGCAGAGAGCUUCCUGAAGCCUGGAGAGCGAGAGGGGUCAGUGCGCACCGACCCCUCUCGCUCUCCAGGCUUCAGCGAAAGCCUGCAUUCGCCCCAUAGGACGCACACACAUUUCCCCUUCAUUUUUGGAGGGGAAAAAGUGCGUCCUAUAGGGCAAAAAAUACGGUAGUUAUUGAUUUUAUAUCCCCCGCCCUGCCUCUCAAAGGAGCUUAGGGCAACAAACAUGGGUAAAAUAAUGAAAGCCAUCUUCAAAUGAUCUUAAAAAUAAUUCCAACACUGAUUUCAAUGGCUCCUGCGCAGAGGCUUUCCCCACUAGGUUGUGCCCUUCGUUUGUGACGUUUCCCCUGUUUUCCUUCCUCUGCAGUGUCAUUAUGACAGGAGCAUAUAACAAUUUCUUCCGAAUGUUUGACCGGAACACUAAGCGCGAUGUUACCUUGGAGGCCUCCCGAGAGAGUAGCAAACCCCGAGCAAUUCUCAAACCUCGGCGGGUGUGUGUCGGAGGCAAGAGGAGGAAAGACGACAUCAGCGUUGACAGCUUGGACUUUACCAAGAAGAUCUUGCACACGGCAUGGCACCCAACAGAGAACAUCAUUGCUAUCGCAGCUACAAACAAUCUGUACAUAUUUCAGGACAAAAUGAACUCUGAAAUGCACUAG